UUUUCUUCUCCCUCUUCCUAGAAACCGUUCCUCCCCUCCUAAGUGCCCCGAGGUCGGAGCUUUAGGUCCCCGCCCCGCGAGGGAGCCUCCGCACGCCACCUCGGCGCCGGGAGUUCCCCUUGCAGUACCACCCAGUGUCCGCGGCGGCGCCCCGCGCUCCGCAGCGCCUUCUAGGGGCCGGGCACGGCCUUCGUGGCAUCCGGAGCACCCGCUCCCUGACUCCGCCAAGGACUCCCCCUCUCCCGCGUGCUUCCCGUGCCUCUCCCAAGCCUCGGGUGGGGGUCCGCGCUCUGCGCCCCCAGGCCGGUAUCUUCGCGCCUUCCCCGGGGGCGCACGGGCGGCGCGGAGCGGCGGGGCGCGCGCGCGCAGCGGCGAUCGAGGCCCGGGCCUCGCGGUAGAAGAAGCGGAGGCGAGGGCAGGCGCGGCCCGCGGGCCCCAGCCAGAGGGCGAUGGCAGCGGCGGGCGUCCGCGGGCGGCGAGGCGGCGGCGGUGGCGGCGGGCGGCGAGAGGAGCCCCUGUGAUUGGCACAGCCCGAGCCGGAGGAGGAGGCGAAGGGAGGGCGGAGGAGGAGGAAAGGAGGAGGCAGGGGGCGAGCGCCGCGGCGGCUGCGAGGAGCUGUGCCUUCCACCUCUCCAGCCCCGGCAGGACGGGGGCGGCCGCCGCGGGCCCGGGGCGGGGACAGCACGCAGCCUCGCCGCGCGCACCCCCGCCCGGCAGCGGCCCCGACACCCAGCGCGAGCGGGAAAGCGGCGGCGGCAGCGGGGGAAGGAUGCAGGCUAAGAAGCCGGGCGGCUCGUCGGGCGGCGGCCGGAGCGGCGAGCUGCAGGGGGACGAGGCGCAGAGGAACAAGAAGAAGAAAAAGAAGGUGUCCUGCUUCUCCAACAUCAAGAUCUUCCUGGUGUCCGAGUGCGCCCUGAUGCUGGCGCAGGGCACGGUGGGCGCCUACCUGGUGAGCGUCCUCACCACCCUGGAGCGGAGGUUCAACCUGCAGAGUGCCGACGUGGGCGUGAUCGCCAGCAGCUUCGAGAUCGGGAACCUGGCGCUCAUCCUCUUCGUGAGCUACUUCGGGGCGCGCGGGCACCGGCCGCGCCUCAUUGGCUGCGGCGGCAUCGUCAUGGCGCUGGGGGCGCUGCUGUCGGCCCUGCCCGAGUUCCUGACCCACCAGUACAAGUACGAGGCGGGCGAGAUCCGCUGGGGCGCCGAGGGCCGCGACGUCUGCGCCGCCAACGGCUCGGGCGGGGACCAGGGCCCAGACCCGGACCUCAUCUGCCGCAGCCGGACUGCCACCAACAUGAUGUACUUGCUGCUCAUUGGGGCCCAGGUGCUCCUGGGCAUCGGUGCUACCCCCGUGCAGCCCCUGGGCGUCUCCUACAUCGACGACCACGUGCGGAGGAAGGACUCCUCACUCUACAUAGGAAUCCUGUUCACGAUGCUGGUGUUUGGACCAGCCUGUGGAUUUAUCCUGGGCUCUUUCUGUACCAAAAUCUAUGUGGAUGCAGUCUUCAUUGACACAAGUAACCUGGACAUCACCCCAGACGACCCCCGCUGGAUCGGAGCCUGGUGGGGCGGCUUUCUGCUCUGCGGUGCCUUACUCUUCUUCUCUUCCGUCCUGAUGUUUGGGUUCCCACAGUCUCUGCCCCCGCACUCAGACCCCGCCCUGGAGAGCGAGCAGGCCAUGCUCCCCGAGAGAGAAUACGAGAGACCCAAACCCAGCAACGGGGUCCUGAGACACCCCCUGGAGCCAGACAGCAGCGCCUCCUGCUUCCAGCAGCUGAGAGUGAUCCCGAAGGUCACGAAGCACCUGCUCUCAAACCCCGUGUUUACCUGUAUCAUCCUGGCCGCCUGCAUGGAGAUUGCAGUGGUGGCUGGCUUCGCUGCCUUCUUGGGAAAGUAUCUGGAGCAGCAGUUUAACCUCACCACCUCUUCUGCCAACCAGCUGCUAGGGAUGACUGCGAUCCCAUGUGCCUGUCUGGGCAUCUUCCUGGGCGGUCUCCUGGUGAAGAAACUCAGCCUGUCUGCCCUCGGGGCCAUUCGGAUGGCCAUGCUCGUCAACCUGGUGUCCACCGCUUGCUACGUCUCCUUCCUCUUCCUGGGCUGUGACACGGGCCCCGUGGCUGGAGUUACGGUUCCCUAUGGAAACUCCUCAACGCCUGGCUCGGCCCUGGACCCCUACUCAUCCUGCAAUAAAAACUGUGAAUGCCAAACCGACUCCUUCACUCCAGUGUGCGGGGCAGACGGCAUCACCUACCUGUCCGCCUGCUUUGCUGGCUGCAACAGCACGAAUCUCACUGGCUGUGCAUGCCUCAUGACCAUCCCGCCUGAGAACGCGACCGUGAUUCCUGGAAAAUGCCCCAGUCCCGGGUGUCAAGAGGCCUUCCUCACCUUCCUGUGUGUGAUGUGUGUCUGUAGCAUGAUCGGGGCCAUGGCUCAGACGCCUUCGGUCAUCAUCCUCAUCAGGACAGUCAGCCCUGAACUCAAAUCCUACGCCCUGGGAGUUCUUUUUCUCCUCCUCCGUUUGUUGGGCUUCAUCCCCCCGCCGCUCAUCUUCGGGGCCGGCAUCGACUCCACCUGCCUGUUCUGGAGCACGUUCUGUGGGGAGCAAGGCGCCUGCGCCCUCUACGACAAUGUGGCCUACAGAUACCUGUACGUCAGCAUCGCCAUCGCGCUCAAGUCCUUUGCCUUCCUGCUCUACACCACCACGUGGCAGUGCCUGCGGAGAAACUAUAAACGAUACAUCAAGAACCACGAGGGCGGGCUGAGCACCAGUGAGUUCUUUGCCUCUACUCUGACCCUAGACAAUCUGGGGAGGGACCCUGUGCCCGCCAACCAGACACAUAGGACAAAAUUUAUCUAUAACCUCGAAGAUCACGAGUGGUGUGAGAACAUGGAGUCUGUUUUAUAGUGACUGAAGGAGGGUUGAACUCUGUAUUAGUCCUUCAAGGGUCAUUUUUCCUAAAGAAAAAAAAAAAUGAAAAAAAGUUUCUUAAAAAAAAAAAAAGAUUCAAUACACACAGACACACACACACACACACACAUAUACACAGCACCUUUGUCCUUUUCUCAAAAUCAGAGCCAGACAGGAUUCAGAAUGAGGAGAGCGCGGGAUCACGUGGUUGACAUGCGACCUCCUGGGGGCUCAGAGUCUGCUUUGGAAGGCACCUCGUGGUUGCUCAGGAUGCCGACAGCUGCAAGCAACAGGCACUGCCAAAUUCAGGGAACACUGGUGGCCAGCUCGGAGGACGGACCUUUCUGGAUGUACAUACACAUACAAAACAAACAGAAUAUAUUAAAAAAUCUACUAAAAACACCCAGGUUGACAACAUUGCCAGGAUAAGCACUAGUGACAGACCCUAUGCCCGUCCACGCGGGGGCGGAGGGGCACCCAAGUCGGAGGAGUGGAGACCCGCUCCUCUCUCUAACUUUUGCAAUAGGGGCCACGGUGUAGACGACUCACCCCGUCUACACCAGUGGUUCAAGGCCCCAGAGUUCUCUCAGCGAUGCUAAAGGGUGAUCCGUGCUGGAGACUGUAAUUGGCACCUCUCACCAGCUCCAUUUCCAUUUCUCAAGACUGAGGGCCCCAGGGUGGGGAGCCGGGCAUGGGGGGGCCAGCACCUCCCUCCCCCACAGCACCUCCCAUCGGGGGGCGCCCCCCUCCCCCACCAGCCCCACAGAAUGACCUCAGGAAGCAGUGGGUCUCGCCUGGCUAUGACUGACUUCGCUCAGAGCCGGUGAAACCCAACCCAGUCCAAGUCAUUUGCUUACAUUUGCCAAACAUUUUGCCAUUUUUAAGGGGAAAAAAAAUGCAUUGCAUAUGAAUUUCAAACUGUUGUAUGUAUAAUCCUCUGAUACUAUUUUUAACUACUUCUCAAAUCUGUGUUAACCCUUCAGUCACUAACACAGUCCUCUAGGCCGAAUUUAUUAUGCUGGUUGCUUUUAAUUUUCUCCUUUUUUAAUGCACCAAAAAUAUAAUGUGAUUCAAGGGAU